UGCUGGUGAAUCUGGGAAAAGUACAAUUGUGAAGCAAAUGAAAAUUAUCCACGAAGCUGGUUAUUCGGAAGAAGAAUGUAAACAGUACAAAGCAGUGGUCUACAGUAACACCAUUCAGUCAAUCAUUGCUAUCAUCAGAGCCAUGGGGAGGUUGAAGAUAGACUUUGGUGACUCAGCUAGGGCGGAUGAUGCCCGCCAACUCUUUGUGCUCGCUGGAGCUGCUGAAGAAGGUUUCAUGACUGCAGAACUUGCUGGAGUUAUAAAGAGAUUGUGGAAAGAUAGUGGUGUACAAGCCUGUUUCAACAGAUCCCGAGAGUACCAGCUUAAUGAUUCUGCAGCAUACUAUUUGAAUGACUUGGACAGAAUAGCACAGCCAAAUUAUAUACCAACUCAACAAGAUGUUCUCAGAACACGAGUGAAAACUACAGGAAUUGUUGAAACACACUUUACUUUCAAAGAUCUUCACUUUAAAAUGUUUGAUGUGGGUGGACAAAGGUCUGAGCGGAAGAAAUGGAUUCAUUGCUUUGAAGGAGUGACCGCCAUCAUUUUCUGUGUGGCACUGAGUGACUAUGACCUGGUUCUAGCUGAAGAUGAAGAAAUGAAUCGAAUGCAUGAAAGCAUGAAGUUGUUCGACAGCAUAUGUAACAACAAAUGGUUUACAGAAACGUCUAUUAUACUUUUUCUAAACAAGAAGGAUCUCUUUGAAGAAAAGAUCAAAAAGAGCCCUCUCACUAUAUGCUAUCCAGAAUAUGCAGGCUCAAACACAUAUGAAGAGGCAGCUGCAUAUAUUCAAUGUCAGUUUGAAGACCUCAAUAAAAGAAAGGACACAAAGGAAAUAUACACCCACUUCACAUGUGCCACAGAUACUAAGAAUGUGCAGUUUGUUUUUGAUGCCGUAACAGAUGUCAUCAUAAAAAAUAACCUAAAAGAUUGUGGUCUCUUCUGAGUUUAGCAGUGAAUGGUUAAAUGCAUUUUCAAACCAAAUGAGUACUUAUAUGUGGAUCUUUCUAGACUAGAGUCUUGCAGCAACACAGAAUGUAGUAUACAGCAAACACAUCUGGACCUGACCAAAGUUGUUCUGUUUUGUUUUCUUUUUAACGGAAAGGAAAGAAAGCACCUUUCUUAAAUGCAAAAGAUGGUCCUGCUGUGUGAAACUAAGGGCAGUGUGAAAGCUGGGCUCUAGUGUAUCGAUGAUUUCUGUGUAAGUGUAAAUAUGCAAAUGUAUGUAUACAUGUAUUUAUAACUUUGGUUUUCCACGUUACUUUUAGGUUUUAAAAGUUGCAACUUACAAUUCUAGUGUGAUCGCUUUGGAAAUAACAGGACUAUUAAGUACUUUGUACUCAAUGCCAGACUAGUACCAUGUUCAUUAGUUUUAAACAGCUUUAUUUAUGUUCAUGCCCUAUAAAAUUUUAAGUAUAGUAAUUAAUAUUAGGAAACACUGCAGCCCUUAUCUUGAUUAUCUUAUAAUCAUAAAAAUGUUAUUUGUA